AUGCGUCAUGUUGAGGAAGAACGACAAUAUUUAUAUGAUGUUGAUCAGAAGAUAGAUUUUAUCAACUCUUUGGAUCAUUAUUCACUAGAACGAAUAUUCAUGCUGCUGCCAAUAUAUGACAGAAUAAAUAUGAAAAAAGUUUGUACCAGAUGGAAAGAAGUCUGUAAACUAGCUUGGUAUGACAUUCAAAAAUACAAAUGUAGCCAUACAAUUGGUCGUGCAUAUAAUGACCAGUUGCUAACACAAUCAUAUGUUGAGAACUUGAUGUCAAUUUUUGGUAUUCAUUUACGAGAAUUAAUUCUUUCAAAAAUUUGCACUUCAAGUAUCAUGCCAAUCAUUGGUGAACACUGCAAAAAUUUAACAAGUCUUGAAUUUGUAUUCAACAACAAUGAUGAAGAUCAUGAUAUUUAUGAUAGUGCAAAUGAUACUGAUGAAUCUUAUUAUGAUGAUGAUGAUGAUAUUAAUGAUGAUGAACCAGUUCCUCAUUUAACUGUUUUUGAUGAUUUAUCAAAAUUAGAACAUCUCGAAUUUUUAAAUGUGUCAGGUAUACAUAAAUUCACUGAUAGUAGUAUUAUUGCUGUUGCUAAUAAAUGUAAAAGUCUCAAGAAUUUAAACAUAUCUCGUUGCAAAUAUAUUACUGAAGCAGGUCUAAAUGCCAUAACCAGCUUGGAAUUAUUACAAAAUUUAAAUGUCAGCAAUAUUAAGAGUGUUAAAAACAGUUUUAUCAUCAAAUUAAAAAGUUUAACAUCUUUCGAAGCUAACAAGUGCAAAAAAAUCACUGAUUCUGGUAUUAUUCAAUUCAUAAAAAAUUGUCCAAAUCUUGAACAUCUUCAUCUCUUCCGCACUAAUAUGACAAUUAAUACAAUUAUCGGUGCUGACCGGGAAACCAAAUAUCAAAAUAUGGUUGGAUGGACCAAAAAAAUUAUAUCAGAGGAUAGACAUUUAUCAUCGACUGAUAUAAUUAAUAUGUAUCAAACAAUACAAUUUGAUGAGAUAGGAAAUAUAAUUUGGCACAAUGAACCAAAUAUGUACAAUCUUGAAAUUGAAAUUAAACACUGUAAUAAAGCAAAUAUACUUGGUAUUUGGAAUAACUAUUCACUUGCUGAAAAAAAAGCACAGCCUAUUGGCUCUGGUUUUUGGGAAAUACACUACUUCCAAAUACCGACCAAGAAAUAG